AUGCGAUCUCAACGUAUCUUAUCGUUUUUAGUCCCAUGUGUAGCCUUGGUUACUGCCCAAGAUGCCAUUACAAGUGAAGCCGGCCAUGAAGCUAAGUUAGAGGCCCGCUUUACCGUCACGCUCAGUACAUCUUGGGCUGACUACUCCAGUAGGCCGACGGGUCUUUUGACAGACCCGAAUGCAUACUCCACCAAAUCUAUGCCCACUACUCUAAAAACAGUAACCCGGCCCCCAGAUACUGAUGCAAAGCCUACUAGUACCUUGGUACAGGUACUUGCAGCGCAAGAGUCAAUCACUACACCCGGAUAUAGAGAUCCCAUGGAGCCAGGGCUUGAAUAUUCGACUAUGGGACAACAUAUCCUGUUUUAUGGAACCCAUUCCGAAGAAGAUAUUGAUUCUCUCGGGGCGGUGAUCUCUCAAGCUAAGAAUAUUUAUGGCGGCGAGGAGCGACGUUGCUAUGCAAAAUAUCGUACGAGCAAGUACCUCCCCGGCGCUGAUAUCACUGGGUAUCUGCAAAGUAGGAUUCUUGCUUGUGAAAAUGGUUAUUCGCUUCGUCUUGGAACGCGAUAUAUGGGUACCGCUAAGCCGGAGAUGUGUCAGUAUGUCGGUAUCACUUUCGCUGAGAAGCUCCAAAACGGGAUUAAAGAUGGGAAGGGGAAAAAUAUCACACCUCAUAAUGUCGAGGAUGAAAACUAUAGGCUUAUCGCCUCUGCAUACAUGAGGCGGUCGGUUUGGGAUCUUCGGUUUGGCUAUGAGAAAAAGGGAUGUCCGCCGAAGGAUGGAACUGACGAGCAAAAGGCUGAAUAUGUGAUGGCGUUCAAUCUAGAAGAGUGGAAGAAAUAUAGCAAUGAAAAUCCCGGGAUCUGGCUGUACAAUUGGGGCGAUUUGUUAGGCCCUCCUCCAGGGGACCUUACUGACCUUCCCCGUGCGCCUACAAUGGGAGAGUUGCCGGCUAAGCCGAACCGUACACCGGCCCCAACCCCUGUGACUGCUCAACCAGAUCCAGUAACCUCAGAGAUGCGGGUCACGGAACAGACUCCGGCUAUUACGCGGAGAGACGAAGCAACGCCUGUAUCGGGCAAAUCGGAUACUACGGCGGCACCAACUAGUACUAAGUCCAGUGUGCAGUCGAUAUUCCUAGAUCGACUGAUUAAGGCCAUAGGUGAAGCUAUGCGGACAGCUCACGCUCCCACGGCCACAGCGGUGGCUUUAGAAGACCCCCCAGAGUAUCCUGCAAACCCCACACCUCUCCCGUUUGAUCCUGCAGAUCCUACAUUCUUUGAUCCACCGGUCCAUACUCUUGCUUAUAUCCGACCUGCGUGA